GGGCAGCCGUGCGGCCGCCCAGGAUGUUCCUGGGCACUUCCUGACUGGCUGGCCCCGGCACUAGGAGGACCCGCUCGCCCCCCGCCCCCUUGCUCGCUGCCUGGCUGGGGCCCGCUCAGAGUCGGCCGUGCCGCCGCGGUGGAGGCACGAGAGGUGGUCGUGGCCUCGAAUGAGCUGAUUGCUGUUAAAUACGCCGCGGACACGCCAGGGACCGGCCCGAGAGGCCGCAGGGAGCCGCAGCAUUUCUUCGAGUCACAGCCCUGCCCUUGGAUUUGAGAUCAUGUCCAUUCACAUCGUGGCGCUGGGGAACGAGGGGGACUCCUUUCAUCAGGACAGUCGGCCUUCAGGGCUCAUCCGCACUUACCUGGGGAGAAGCCCGCUGGUCUCUGGGGACGAAAGCAGCUUGUUGCUGAACGCCACCAGCACUGUCGCGCGCCCCGUGUUCACGGAGUAUCAAGCUAGCGCAUUCGGAAAUGUCAAGCUGGUGGUCCACGACUGUCCCGUCUGGGACAUUUUUGACAGUGAUUGGUACACUUCUCGAAAUCUCAUCGGGGGUGCCGACAUCAUUGUGAUCAAAUACAACGUAAAUGACAAGUUUUCAUUCCAUGAAGUGAAGGAUAAUUAUAUUCCGGUGAUAAAAAGAGCAUUAAAUUCAGUUCCAGUAAUCAUUGCUGCUGUUGGUACUAGACAAAAUGAAGAAUUACCUUGCACAUGCCCACUGUGUACAUCUGACAGAGGGAGCUGUGUCAGUACGACAGAAGGGAUCCAACUUGCUAAAGAACUAGGAGCCACCUACCUGGAGCUGCACAGCCUCGAUGACUUCUACAUAGGGAAAUAUUUUGGAGGAGUGUUGGAGUAUUUUAUGAUUCAAGCCUUAAAUCAGAAGACAAGCGAAAAAAUGAAGAAAAGGAAGAUGAGCAACUCGUUUCAUGGAAUUAGACCGCCUCAGCUGGAACAACCAGAAAAAAUGCCUGUCUUGAAGGCUGAAGCUUCACAUUAUAACUCUGACUUACAUAACUUGCUGUUCUGCUGCCAGUGUGUGGAUGUGGUAUUUUACAACCCAGACGUGAAGGAGGUGGUAGAGGCCCACAAGAUCGUUCUCUGUGCCGUGAGCCACGUGUUCAUGCUGCUUUUCAACGUGAAGAGUCCAGCUGACAUUCAGGAUUCCAGUAUCAUCCGAACUACCCAGGAUCUCUUUGCUAUAAACAGAGAGCCUGUGUUUCCAGGUGCCAGCCAGGACUCCCCAGGCAACCCACCGCUACGAGUCAUCGUUAAAGAUGUUCUCUUCUGUUCCUGUUUAUCGGACAUUCUGCGCUUCAUUUAUUCAGGUGCUUUCCAGUGGGAAGAAUUGGAGGAAGAUAUCAGGAAGAAGCUGAAAGACUCUGGGGAUGUUUCAAAUGUAAUUGAGAAAGUUAAAUGCAUUUUAAAAACACCAGGAAAGAUUAAUUGCCUAAGGAAUUGCAAAACCUAUCAAGCCAGAAAGCCUCUGUGGUUUUAUAGUACUUCCCUCAAAUUUUUCCUCAAUAAACCAAUGCUUGCUGAUGUUGUCUUUGAAAUACAAGGUACGACGGUGCCAGCCCACAGGGCCAUCCUGGUGGCCCGCUGUGAAGUGAUGGCAGCCAUGUUCAAUGGCAAUUACAUGGAAGCAAAGAGUGUUCUGAUUCCAGUCUAUGGUGUUUCCAAAGAGACUUUCUUAUCAUUCUUGGAAUAUUUAUACACAGACUCCUGUUGCCCAGCCGGCAUUUUCCAGGCCAUGUGCCUCCUGAUCUGCGCUGAGAUGUACCAAGUGUCCAGACUGCAGCACAUCUGUGAGCUGUUCAUCAUUACGCAGCUGCAGAGCAUGCCCAGCAGAGAGCUGGCGUCCAUGAACCUAGAUGUAGUUGACCUGCUCAAGAAAGCCAAGUUUCACCACUCUGACUGCCUUUCAACCUGGCUGCUUCAUUUCAUCGCCACUAACUACCUCAUCUUCAGUCAAAAGCCUGAAUUUCAGGAUCUUUCAGUGGAAGAACGCAGUUUUGUUGAAAAGCACAGAUGGCCGUCGAAUAUGUACUUGAAGCAGCUGGCGGAAUACAGGAAGUAUAUUCACUCCCGGAAAUGCCGUUGCUUAGUAAUGUAACCUGGCAAUUUUAUAUUCAUACACUUUUAAAAUUAUUAUAAUGAGGAAUGGGUUUCAGUAAAAUUCUUGUGACCUAAAAACAGGCGUUAAAAAAAAAAUAUGGGCGUUAAAAAAAAAUCACCAUACAGCUUAAUGUGUUUACUAGCUCUCUGAAAAAACUACUGUUGUAAUUUUAAAAGGGAACAAAAUAUACCAUAGGUUAAAUCUAAGGCUUCACCUAGUGUGUAAAGCUGUUGCACAGCUAUUUAUUCCCCUUAAGAUGCCCUGUUGCUUUAGUGAUAUUUAUACCCUUCCCAGUUAAGAAAUAUUUAAAUUUUUAAAAAAUCACGUAGGGUUAAUACAGAAAUUUCAUCAUGUCUGAUUAAUUGCUCUGUUAAAAUAAGGGGCAUUUAAAGACCCAGGGUGACUAUUUCUAUAAUGAAAAAUCUAGGGGAAGACUGAUCAACCUGAGACGUGAGGAAUCAAAAUUUUGCUGGGAUUUUGAAUGUGAAAUGAUACUUGUUUCCAAAUCAGUGACAGUGUUUGAACCAUCCUGAAAAAAAAUUCUGCUUUUUGUCCGAACAACCCAGCUGAGCCACCUUGUCUCUAACCUGGGAUUCUGAUGAGGCAGGAAAUCUAAGCAGGGGUGACUCUAUGGCCAGGUAACCUGAGCAGUUGUACAGGGCCACAGGCUCAGAGGGGCCCCCUCUGGGCUCUGAGCUCUGCUGUCGCCAUCUGGAAAUUCAUAAUAAUGUUCAAAGAAGGGCCCUGCAUUUGCACUUUGUACCGGGCCCCAAAACUAUGUCUGUCUUGUAGCAGGAUAUGUAUAUUUUCUUGCUCAAACAUUGUUGACCUUGAAAGCAGAAAAGUGGCACUGGCCUCAGGGAAAGAGUAGGAGGCCUUCUGGAAGGGAGAGAGCAUAUUGGGAUUCUGGUAUCUUUGGGGAAGUCUGCUCCACCCAGGGCCUCUGUGCCACCUCGGCUAGCAAGUGAGAAAUGCCUUGUGUUGUCUUAUCUUUAAAACACUCACAGUUCUGGCUUUAUCACAGAUGAACAAGUACUUUCUUGAUCAUUCUGUAAGACGAGGAUAUUGGUAAAAGUGACUGAUCCACAUAACUUUAAUACAUAUUUAUGAAGAUGCUCACAGGGAAACAUCCUUUUUAGAGAAUUUGCUAUCAAAGGCUCAAGAUGUUUUUGUUUUAGUGUAUUUACUAAGAUUAGGAUGUCAGUGACUUGAAUUAUUUGGAUUCUUUCCGAGGACUACAAGGUCAUUUGAUGAGGAAUAGCAUGAGUUUUGUCCUUCAAGAUUACCCAGUAAGUUAAAAGAAAGGAUAUAAAUGAAAGGCUUGUUACAUGUAGAGAAAAUGGUACCAGGGUAGAGGACAGAAUUCUUGUUUCUCUUGUGCUACUUGUCAACAGAAGCUCACAAGCUGAGAUGGAAAACCAGAUCACUAUGUUAUUGUUGGCAUCAUCUUCAUCAGUAAUGUAAUUCAGUAUUGGAUAUAUUUUCCUUUUAAUUUCCAGUUACUUUAGAAUACAUAUAGUUUCCCAACUGUUCAAAGAUUUGAUUAAACAGUUUUACACUCCAGUAUUAGAAUCACUAAUACUAUGUGUACCUGGGAUGUAUACAACAUUGUCAGAGUGAAACAAUAAAAAUCCCCUACAUACUUCUUCCAAGAAACCUGAUUUUAGUUGAAUGGUGUUGAUGAAGAUGACUGGGAUGCAUUUUAUGUUUUUUGUACUCUAAUCACUUGAGUUAAUCAACUAUUGGCAAAUCCCACCUGGCAUGGACGAGCAUGGUAAAGAAUAGAUACUGUAGUGGAUUUCUAGAAAUUCAUUCACAUUUAAGAACAUUUAAAAUUCAGUGAUAGUAUUUUGUUCUUCAUAAGCACAUUCUUACCCCUAUGUGAAUUAGAGCAUUUAAAAUUCUAAACCAGUAACUUUUAAUCUAGGAAAAGAAAAAAUAAAAGUUCUAAAGCAAAAUAUAUUCUUGCAAAUACUAUUUAAAAUUUAAAUAGACCACAGAUAAUUUUCAGGUUGUUCGACUGGAGUUGAGUUUGGAAGUUGAUAACCCUGUUGAUGUUCAGCGUGUAGUUUUUGUUAUAGAAGUUUUUUACCACCUGUGCGAGUGACUCAGACAUGCAGAUAUCACAGCUGGCCAGAGCUAGUCAGGACAGUAAUCAAAUUAGCUUUUAAAUCUAGAUUAAAAUCUUUGAAUUAACUCAAUUUAAAAUAACAAGAUAUUGAAAAAUGCUUUUAUGCUAUCUUGGAGAAAUGAGUGCUCUUUUGAAUUUUUUUUUUUUUAAUUGAAAGAUUAUUUCUAGGUGAAUGUAUGCUCUCUGCUGAUCUCUGCUUCGAUAUAUUUACCAAUCAUUUUAAUUAGAGAAGAUACUGUAUGGUAAAGCUAAGGCCUUUUCUUUCUGGACCAGGUUUUCACCUUAUAUAACCCUUUGUAUACUGCUGGCUACUCUGUGUUCAUAUUAUAGGAGAGUAGGCUUGUAAAAUAGAAGUUUCAGUAACAUAACUGAAAUCCAUCCAGUCCAAGCCAGCCUGGUGGCUUCGUAUUGGGCAGCAGCAGAAAACUGAAGAUUUGGAUAAAUUUGACUUUCAAGACAGAUAAACUUUUCAACUAUGAUUUUAAAAACAACACUACAUUGAUACAGU